AUGUCCGACUGUUUAGAAGUAUCAGCCACUGACGUUAUAAGGCUAAUAUUACAAUAUUUAAAAGAAAAUAAUUUAUUAAGAACUUUUUAUGUAUUGCAAGAAGAAAGUAAUAUAAAAUUAAAUGCAAUAAGCAAUGUAGACGUUUUAAUUAGUGAUAUAAAUAAAGGAGAUUGGAAAAACGUCUUAUUUAAUAUAACAACUAUUGAUUUAUCAGAUGAUACGUUAAUGAAUUUAUAUGAACAGUUAAUAUGUGAACUUAUAGAAUACAAGGAAAAAGAGCUAGCUGAAAAAAUUAUGAAUGAAUGCAUAGUAUUUAAAAGGAUGGAAAAAAAGUAUACAGAUAAAUAUAAAAAAUUAAUGGAUCUUUUAAAUAGUAAUAAUAUAAAUAAAAGUAUUUUAUAUGAUGGAUUAACAAAAGAGGAAAAAAGAAAUAAUUUGUGCAUAAUGAUUAACAAUGAAAUAACGUCUUGUGCACCUUCCAGGUUAUUAGCUUUAAUAGGUAUGGCAUUAAAAUGGCAAAAUUAUCACAAUAUAAUUAAGAACAAAAAUGGGAAGUUUGAUAUUUUUAGGAAUGUUGAAAAAGAUGAAAUAACUACCAUUGAUGUAUAUCCAGAUAAAAUAUUAAAGAGUAUUAAAUUUGGCAACGAUUCAAAUGUUGAAUGCUGUAUUUCUUCUUAUAAUAAUGAUUUUUUAAUUACAGGAUCAUCAGAUGGUUUUAUUGAGAUAUGGAAUUGGCUAACUGGACAAUUAAAUACUGAAUUAACUUAUCAAAAAGAAAAUAAUUUAAUGAUGCAUGAUAAUCCAAUUGUUAGCUUAUGUAUAAGUAAAGACGAUGAAAUUUUAUUAAGUGGAGAUUCAAAAGGUCUAAUUAAAAUAUGGAGAAUAAAGAAUGGAGUAUGUUUGAAAACAAUAAGUGCACAUGUACAUCCAAUUACAUCCAUUAAUUUUAAUAAAGAUCAAACACAAAUAUUAACGUCUUCAUAUGAUAAUACUGUUAAAAUUUUUGGAUUAAAAUCACUAAAAUGCUUAAAAGAAUUUAGAAAACAUUCAUCUGCUGUUCAUUCUUCUAUAUAUACUUUAGAUAAUUCUAAAGUUAUAUGCGGUACAGAUGAAGGAAAAAUAUAUGUAUAUAAUCAGAAAAGUUGUGAAUGUAUAUCUUCUUUUUAUGUUUAUUAUAAUAUUAAAGAUAACUUAAUAUACCCACCUGUUAACAAUAUUAUAUUAAUUAGUAAAACUUUAGAUGAACUAAUUUUAGUUUGCACUAAAUCACCAUAUUGUUAUAUUAUGAAUACUAAAGGAAAAAUUAUUAAAACGUAUACGAAUGUAAUAGAUAAAGAAACGGAUAAUUCUAUUAAUUUUGUUUAUGCUUGUAUAUCUCCUAAUUAUAAAUACGUAUAUUGUUUAGGAGAUAACCAGAACUUAUAUUGUUUUAAUUAUAAUACAAGCAAAUUAGAAACACAAAUAAAAAUUCAUGAAAAAGAUUCAUUAGGUAUACUACAUCAUCAAAGUCAAAAUUUGAUGGCUUCUUGGGCACUUGAUGGUACUUUAAAUAUAAUACAAUGA